AUGAAGACCUUGUUUGCAUUGAAUCUUGCUCUUGUCGCCAUUGUUGUAAACGGUGCUGGCGAUCAGCACCACGAUCAUGACCAUGCUGGACACAAAUGUGCUUGCGAAGCUAUCGAGUUUGACUACGUCAUUGACUGUUCUGACAUUGUUGCCAUGACCGAAGCCUUGGGUCGUCUUCAAAGUGGAGGAUGUGCUUUGGACUGUACUAGUGGAACCUGUGAUCGGGAUUGGUUGAUUGUCCAAACUCACCAUGAUCACUGUCCGGAAGCGAACAUUCCAUUGACCAUUGAAACCGAUUUCCAUGACUAUGAUCAAGUCUGCAGCAGUUGUGACAUUGUCCGCCAAGAAAUCCCAGGUGCUCCUCAGUGCCCACUUGUCAAUUGUACGGAUGGGAGUGGAACUGCUGCCUAUCAACGCUUGUUGGCGAACGGCUGUAACAUCGAUUGUGCUCAGUCAUCCACCACUUGCAGGGACGAUUGGUUGACACUUCGUGUGAUCCACGACACCUGUGAUCAUUCUGCCUUGACUCAAGCUGCCGAAGAAGGUAUGCAUGCACUGGAAGAACCUUGUGCUGCGUAUCAGUGCAACCCUUCUUUGGAUGUUAUCGCCAAUACUUUGGAGUGUACGGAAGACCUGAUGACGGACAGCGACACCAACAAUGCCCAUGAUGAUCAUGAUGAUCAUGACCACGAUAAUCAUCAUGGUGGUGAGACUUCAGUUGGAGGUGCUGAUGACAGCGGUUCUUUCAAAGUUGCCGCUGGCUCUAUUAUCGCCAUGGCUAUCGCCAUUACCACUAUUUUGUAA